AUGAGUUUUGCGUUUCUUCAUCUGAAAUUUCCAGAUCUUGUGGCUCACAAUGAGGCUAAGACGGUUGGGCAGAUUGAUGAUGGUGGUGAGGAUCCAGCGGGUUUGGAGUUUGCUUGUGUUUGUGUAGUUGUUGUGGAUCUUGACGAUAGCAAUUUGGGAAAGAGAAGGGAAAGUGAGGAUAAGCAUAACUACUUAGUUGACAGAAUCAGUUUGUUGCCCUACGAAGUUCUUGUAAGUAUUGCGUCUCUUUUGUCACUAAAGGAAGCAGCAGCUACUAGUGUUCUUUCUAGGCGAUGGAAGAAUGUGUGGAAGUAUACAACGACUCUUAACUUUCAAGAUCUUGACCUUUUUGUUGGUGACAAUUUUUACUGCUUGAAACUCCUAGAAGAAAAUCUAAGAGAUGAGAAAAGCCGUAAAUAUGUCGAUUGGGUGGAUCGUGUGUUGGUACAGCAUGAAGGCCACACUAUUGAGCGAUUCAAGGCUUUCUUCUUUCUGAACAACAUUUUUAAGAAUUCCAUUGAUAAGUGGAUUGAGUUUGCAAUGCAGAAGAGAGUUCAAGUACUGGAGCUGCAGUUUUUUAUAAAGCAAUAUGAUUUUACCAUAGAUAACUAUGAAUUUCCCCAAAACUUAAUAGGUCUCGGUGGAGAAGGUGAAUAUUCGAACCACAUUCCGACACAACACUUAUGCCGAUACAACAAUGUUGGUUUCAAAUUCCUCAAAGUUCUUCGUUUGCAGCAGAUUUGUUUGACUGAUGAAGUUCUUGAGUACUUCUUGUCUAACUGUCCAGUUCUUGAGAGAUUAACUGUGACAGUUGCAAGAGGUUUGGUUUGUGUAAGAGUUGUUGGUCCGUCAAUCUCAUUGAAGUAUCUGGCAAUACUUGAUUGUCCUAACCUCAAAAGCAUUGAGAUUUGCAACCCAAAUAUUGCUUCAUUUGUCUAUAUGGGAGCUUGUAUAGACCUGCUUAUUAACAACGUGCCCUUGCUGAUUGAGGUUCAUAUAUCUGAGAGAGCUCUUCAUUAUGUUGAUUUUACAACUGUUGCGUUCAACAGACUUUCAUUUUGUCUUUCUCAUUUGGAGAUUCUGAAGCUGAAUAUUUCGGGAGUGGUCUACAAUCCGAAUUAUGACUUCCCCGUAUUAGAGAAUUUGAAGCAACUGGAAUUAAAUGUUGAGACAAAUUACCAGUGGGCUCUUUAUCAUCUGUAUUCUUUCAUGAAGGCCUGUCCUCACAUCCACAGACUUAUACUGAAGUUGGAAUUCCAAACAUAUGUUGAAACAAUAGUAAGCAAAGCUCCCAAAUUCUCUCAUCACAGCCUCAAGGUAGUAGAAAUUAUGGGUUAUCGUGGGUAUCAAUGUGCUGUUGAACAUGUCGUGUACUUGAUAGAGAAUGUUGUUGCACUAGAGAAAAUUAUAAUUGAUCCUGUUCGGCGUUGGAUUUGGCCCCCUGGAAUGGACAGGGGAACUGAAAUGGUGAAAGAGGAAGUGAAGGGAAGAAAGCAUGCUAAGGAACACCUGAAAGAAAGAGUUCCUUCUACAUUAGAAUUUGAAUGCUUAUAG